ACAAACUACAGAGCAGCAGCAGUAACACUUAAUCACCUUAAUCACUGCAGUAUUUAACUAAUACAGCGAAACUAAUAAACAUGGAAGCGAUGGAAUGGCAGGAGGAUUCAGAGCUAAGUCUCCUCCAGGAGCGUGUUAGAACCCUGGAAGAUAUGGAGAAAAUCAAGGACAUGAUGUGCUGUGAGACUGAUAAUGAGAUGAACCGACUUGAAGCUCAAUGUGAAGAAGAGAGGAUGAGAGAGCAGAAGGACGAGGAAUAUCUGGAUAUGUUUAAAAUUGAGUUGGAAAAGGAACUACAAAUGUUCCAGAAAGAGAGGAAAACUGAGGAAAAAAAGAUAAAAGGAAAAGAAAGGAGAAUUAAAGAAGAAAUGGAAGAUAUCAAAGAGAAACUGAUGGCAAUGGAGAGACAGAAAGAGGAGACAAAAAUGGAGGCACUAAAGAUGACUGAAUUUGAAAGAGAGGCAAUUCAGGCAGAAACGGCAGCCAUUGAAUUUGAGAGGAAGAGGAUGAGGGAGCUGGAGGAUCAGAUGAUGAUGCAGGAGAUUCAUUUUAUACAGCAGAGGAAGGAGCUCACAUUUCAAGGAAAGGAAAUAUGUUUAAAAGAACAAGCUCUCGAAGAAAGUAUGAAGGAAAGAGAAAAGGAAUUUCAGAAAAGAAAAAACAAGGAAAAGGAGCUCUGUAAAGCUCUGAAGGCUGAGGAGGUGGCAAAACUACGAGUGAAGACUCUGGAAAUGGAGAAAGAGGCUGAAAUCGAAGAAAUGAAAAUCAGAAUGGAAAAAGAAGCCUUAGAGAAGGAAAAGAAGGUCGAACGAUUGAUGAAGUUGUACAUGAAGAAGGUGGCUUAUGCAGAAAUGAUUCAACAAAAGGAAAAAAUGAAUAAGGAGGAGUACGUUCAGAGGAAGGCCAUCAGAAAAGAAUGGCAGAAAAUUGCAGCAGAGAGAGAGAAAGUGGAGAACAACAGAGAGACUUUUGAGACACAGAAAAUGAUGAAAGAACAAGAGAUCAUGAGGCAAAAAACUAAACUUGAGAAAAAGAAGAAGACUGCACAAAGAAGGCAGAAAGAAGGGAAGAUAAAAGCCAGUGUUGUCAGGACAAUUCAGAAAGAGAUACAAGAUGAAAGUAAGAAAGAGGAGAAUGUAAUAAAAGAGAAGAAAAAGAAACGAAAGCAAAAGGUGAAUGAGACAGAGGAGGCUCCUACAACAGAGAAGAAAAAGAAAAGAAAGCAAAAUAUGGUGGUUUUUGUGAAAGAGAAAAAAAAGGACGAACAGAAGAAAGAGAAGCUUGAGACAGAGGACAAAACAAAGGGAAAAAAGACCAAAGAGAAGAAGAAGAGAAAGAACCUGAAAGAGCAAAGGCAGAAAGAGAUACUGGAAGAUGAGGGGUCAGAAGCAAAGGGCUGGCGAGCCAGAUUUCAAGCUUUUAGAGAUUCAAUAAGUCUCGCCAAGGUUAACCUGCAAACGGACCUAAAAACAGGAAGAGAAGAACUGAAACAGACCACAUUUUUUAAAAGGAUACAGGCAGGAAAAGAUCGAAUGGUGAGAUGGUUUGAAAACUACAUGUGUGUAGGUUUGCUUUAAGCUCCAUUUCACCAGUAUAUACAGUUGUGGUCAACAUCAUAAGCACUUUUGAUUGUCAGAAUGACAGGAGGAGUAGUAAUUGCUCGUGUCGUGUCGAGACUGAGAGACGCUUAUAGUCCUAAUUUAGCGCCAUCUGAUUUCCACCUUUUUGGACGUUCAGAGAAGCUUUAAGGGGAAGAAGAUUUUCAUGUGAUGAUGAUGUGAAAGCAGCGGUGCAUCAGUGGCUACGAGCUCAGCCAAAAAAAAUUUUUGUUGAUGGCAUUAAAAGGUUGGUACGAUGCUGGGGAAAAUGCAUCGGAAGGUGACUGUGUACAAAAGUGAUGUCAUUUGUUUUUGAAAUUCUUAAUAAAUAGAGUUUAAAAAGAGAGAACCCUUGCAGUAAUAUUCAGGGUUGCCAAUUGUUGACCACAACAGUAGUUUUUUUUUUACACCUGCUUACCAUGGCAACCUCCUUCUGCCUCAGGUACCAUGCUCUGAGGUACCAUGAUAUUUGGUUUGAAGGGUUUUCACUUUUUAAUGCCCGGUCUGAUGUACGUGAUUAAAUUUCCAGUGUCUUACCAUACUAUCAUCAAUGAUGGACAUUGCUCUCUGGUCUGAAAGCUAUAGUCUCGACUUCAGUGUUACAGGAACAACUGGAACAAGUGAAACUUCCUAUUUCUUCUUUGUGAUGAUUUCUUCUGAACUUAAAAUGUAAUACAUUCAUAAAUAUUUCAAUAAAUGUACUCAUUUUUAAA